AUGUCCGCCCUCCUCACGAAGUACACCCGCUUCAUGACCAUAGUCUCCCUCGCGUCGUCCACAAAGGACCGCGUCGCCGUGCCCACGGUCGACGUCGACCUCGCCUGGCACACGCACCAGCUUAGCCCCCGAUCCUACUACGAUUACACUGUCGCGGAGACGGCCGCCUUUGUCGACCACAACGAUAAGGUCGACGAGGACAAGCUCAGCACCGCCUUCGAGUGGACGUGUAAGACCUACCAGGAACGGUUUGGCGAGGUGUACUCAGAAUGCAAGUGCUGGUACUGCGAGACUGUAAGGGUGAUGGCGCUUCCUGCAACCAAGAUGUUCGCUUCAGGCAAGGAGGAAAAGCUCCUCGAAGCAUGGCACUCCUCCCCCGAAGCCAAAAACGUACCCAUCCCACCCGCUGCCGAAUCAGCGCACGUCUCGUCGCACCCGGCGGUACAUACCAACGAGACGACGUCGCGGAGAGCUCACACGCGCCCGCUGCGACUGGACUACAGGAACAGGCUCGAGGAAACACAUUCCAAGGCACGGAAGAGGGCAAACAAGACGUUCAAAGCAGAUCAAGGUAAGAGGAUGGGACCGAGGGGAGAGGACAUGGCGAGCUUCUGGGGCAAGGAGGUUCCCGUACAAGGGCCGUGGGCAGCGAGUCUGGCCGCCACAACAACGAGUGACAUGUACCCGUCCCCGCCUGGAUUCAGCGCCUGGUUCGGCGGCAAGUCCGGAUGUACAGGAUUCGCGGGGUCGUAG